CUUUGUAUACAAAACAGAAACGAACACGUAAGCACGUGUGAUAAUCAGUUUGCAGUCAUCAACACGCAUGGUUUUAAACCGUAAGAAGAAGCGCAGAUUGUAAGACGAAAAUGGAAAACUUACCGCCUGGUUUUAGGUUUUAUCCAACAGAAGAAGAGUUGAUCUCUUUCUAUCUUCAUAGCAAGCUUGACGGAAGAAGGCAGGACAUUGACACAGUAAUCCCAGUUGUCGAUAUUUAUGAUCACAAACCAUGGGAUCUUCCGCAAUUUGCUGGAGAAUGUUGUCGGGGGGACCCGGAGCAGUGGUUUUUCUUCAUUCCAAUGCAAGAUAGGGAAGCUCGUGGAGGAAGACCAAAUCGGCUCACCACUGAAGGAUAUUGGAAGGCUACCGGCUCUCCGGGUUGUGUUUACUCUUCCCAGAACCGUAUCAUUGGAGUGAAAAGAACCAUGGUGUUCUACAAAGGAAGAGCACCAAACGGAGAGAAAACCCAGUGGAAGAUGAACGAGUAUAAAGCUAUUGAUGGCGAAGCCUCCUCAGCAGCACCUCCAAAGUUACGGCAGGAGAUGAGCUUGUGCCGAGUAUAUAUUGGAUCAAAAUCGUUGCGGGCAUUUGACAGACGCCCACCACCACCACCUGGAGAAACAUCGUCUCAUCAUCGUCAACCUCAUCACCAGGAGGACCAGCCAGCAACCAUUACGUCCCAUCAAACUCAUCCACCGUCACUAGCAGCAGAAAUAGCAAGCUCAACCUCCGGCUCCGGGGAGGACAAUUUUCUGGCUUCUUCCUCCCAGGGAAUGGAAAAUGAGAGCCAUGAUUUGGCUUUUAACCCCGAACCCAUGUGGGAUUGGGAACAACUCAAUUGGUUUUAACUCAUUUUCUGCCACCAAAAUCAGUUUGUUGAACUCUUAGGGCGGUUGGAUCUUUACUCAUUAAUAACUUUUUCCUAAUUAUGUUUGGUGCCCUUCAAAUAAUUAGCAAUUUUUGUCCUAUGUUGUCUUAGUCAAAUGUAAUUUUCUCUCCUAUAUAUUCUCACGAGUGAAUGCUUCCUGAGAUAUAUAUACAUGAAAGCCCGUCGAGUUCCAUGUA